AUGAGCAUAACCACUGAAUUUAAAAAAAAAACUUCUGAACAUUCAGGAACAGAAAAUGAAGAUAGUAAUAAUUGCAGAGACGUAGGUAAUUAUAAAAUAAAUGUAGACGUAAAAAUGAGUAACUCUCCCAUGCCGAAAAAAGUAAAACCAAGUAACGAACACAAUUUAACAAAAUGGAAAUUAUUCAAGAUAUUAGUCAUCAAAUUUUCAAUCGCACUAGUAUUUUUGUUUAUCUCAUUGUUCAUACAAGGUUUUUUUAUGAUAUACAGUGAUUCGUAUUAUAAAACGUACACUACACCAUUGCAUGAUCGAAUACACACUUUCUUUGAAUAUCCACCAAGGUGGAUUUCAUAUAAUCUGUCAAAUAAUUUAAUAGCUUUGUUAACAUUAACCUUUAUUCAGUUAAUUUUGUUUAAUAGUAUAUUUUUGUCUAUCGCUAUAAUUUGUCGAUUUUUAUAUAUGCUUGGUUUUUUUUAUAUUUUAAGAGGCAUACUUGUGUAUGUUACUUCACUACCAGCCACAUUAGAAACGUGUGUGCCUCUGGAACGUGGGAAUUUUGCGUUCAAUUUAUUGCAAGUAGCUAAAAUAAAUAUGAAUUUAGUUUAUGUAUGUUCAGAUUUAAUUAUAUCUGGUCAUUCUUUUUCAACUACCAUAUUUUUACUAUUUUCUCUUUUUUACAUGAACAAUAUCAUACUGAAAACAGUGAUAGCAUUCUUUUGUUGUUUCAUUUAUGCACUAAUAAUUAUUGGAUUUAUACAUUAUACGUCUGAUGUGUUGUUAGGAUUUAUAUUUGCCAUUUUUAUUUUUACUUUUUAUCAUAUAAUGCUUGAUAUAUUUUCACAGUAUUACAUUUUUAACAAAUUAUUUGAAAUUAAAAUUAUUUCAAAUAAAAAAAAUGUUCAGGCAAAACCAUUUUUUUUAAGAUGCUUUUUUACCAGAAUGUUUUUAAAAAUUAUUCCAUUCAUAGAAGGAUUAAAUUACACAUUAGAUUAUGCAAUAAGUAAAAAUGCUGAUUUGUCCACGUUCUGUAUUUGUGAAAAAGAGUUUGCAAUUGAUGUGCCAGAAGUAUGUUCCUUCAGCAAGUCUGGAAAGAAAAAUAAAAUUUCUAUCAGUUUUUCAGAUCAUUUAUUUCAUUCAUAUGCUGGGGAUGGAACAAUCAAUUUUUUAUUAUUCAAUUUUUUAAGGAAAAUUAAAAUGGAUUAA